UUGAGCCGCCAUUAUCGUUUCUCGUGUCGUGUUCGCAGUUGCAUUCAGGCAGUAGCCGUCUCGCUCGUAAGCCGGAACGUUUUGCUGCGAAUUUUCAGAAAAACCACGUUUACCCGAGGAUUAAUUUCACAAUCACCUUAACCAACGUGUAACUACACGACAAGUACGUAAACCAAUUGCUAAAGAUCGAGAGGCAAAAUCGGUGCUCACGAAAGGGCCAUCCAUCUGUCCCAAUUUCUCAGUACCCAGUGCGGGUCACGACUGAAUUUUCACGCUAAAAGGCGGCCGUCCAGUAGGGCGUUACCAUUUUAUAUGACUUUUCUUCGACGUCAAGAAACAUCCAGGGUAUCAUCCAGAGGGAAAGGAUCGGUUAUCAUCAGAAGCGGCGGUGGCAGGAGCUUGUCCAGGCAUCGUAGAUCCAAAAUCAGCAUCAUAACAUCAACAACUUUAGAUUCAAAUUGUUUACGUUCACCCGGGUCGAGUUUAUCGACGUGGUGUUCAGAUAAUUUUGAGGUCACGAGAUACGGAUCAGCAGCGUGUAUGAUCAUUGAAGACAAUCCCCCUCUGCCCACGAGACCGAGGCAUAAUCCUUACCAAGAUACCACCCAACGUUUCCUGAAUCACCUGGUCCUGCCCAAGCAUAGGACCUCAAAAUUUUCCAGUAACAGACAUCGAAAGCUUCAGCCAUUCAGAGAAACGUGACUGUCAUCGCUAGGCGUUGCGGCGGACGACACCGCAAUCGAAUUGAACCACCCUGUCUCGACACGUAUUAAAUUGCCACUUGGUAGCAUCAGUAACCAUCGAUCGUUAUUCACAGGCGAUCAAACUGACGCUGAAAAACGUGAACGAGCGUUGCGCACGCAGGUCAAGAACUAAGACGUUGCUACCAACUUGAAUUCCAGAGGAAUAACCCAGUACCCAUCACGAUAAAAAAAAUCAAAAUUUUUCUUCUCAAUUCAAAUAAAUAGUAGUAAAAGUUGUAAAAUUGAGAAGCCGAAGUAGCCGCAUCGGCUUUCUUCUCGUCUUGUUGAGAAAAAAAAACAGCAAAAACGUCACUAAAAAUCGAAAAAUUGAGAAAUCCCACUGUCAAGACCCAAAAAUCAGUCUUUAAAUUCAAACAAAAAUGGGUAGCCUAAAUGUGAAUCGCAACGUGAGCGAUGCAUUCUAUCGCUAUAAGAUGCCUCGCAUCCAGGCUAAAGUUGAGGGCAAAGGAAAUGGUAUUAAAACAGUUAUAGUCAACAUGGUGGACGUGGCAAAGGCUAUUGGCAGGCCUGCGACAUAUCCGACAAAAUUUUUUGGAUGUGAAUUGGGCGCACAAACGCAAUUUAAUUUUAAGAAUGAACGUUUCAUUGUCAACGGCUCGCAUGAAGCAACUAAACUCCAGGAUUUGUUGGAUGGUUUUAUAAGGAAGUAUGUGCUGUGUCCAGCUUGUGAUAAUCCGGAGACUGAACUGUUGGUUAGUGCUAAGAAAGGAACCAUCUCCCAGGGAUGCAAGGCUUGUGGACAUCACGGAUUGUUGGAGAGCAAUCACAAGCUGAAUACCUAUAUCCUGAAGAAUCCACCGAGUCUGAAUCCAGCAGCCCAGGGCAGCUCCUUGACAGAAGGAAAGCGUGGAAAAAGAUCGAAGAAGGCAAAUGGCGAUGCCAAUGGAGAUCGUUCUGGCUCCCCUGAUAACGACACCAGCACCACUGAUAUAGUCGUUGAAGCGCCUGAAAUAAUCGCUAAAGAGGAUGACGAUGCUCAAUGGGCUGUUGACGUUUCCGAGGAAGCUGUUCGUGCACGUCUUCAGGAUCUCACGGACGGAGCCAAGGGAAUGACCAUCAGUGAGGAUUUGGAGAAGAGUGAGAAGGAGCGAAUGGACAUCUUCUACAAGCUGGUCAAGAGCCGCAGGGAUGCUGGCCAGCUUGACAACCACAAGGAGCUCGUUGCUGAGGCCGAACGUCUCGAGAUCAAGACCAAGGCACCUCUUGUUCUUGCCGAGUUGUUAUUCGAUCAGGGUAUAGCUGGACAGGUGAAAAAGCAUCGGGUUUUGUUGCUUCGUUUUACGCACGAUGAUAUUAAGGCGCAGAAAUAUCUGAUCAGGGGAAUUGAGCAGGUCAUUGCGCUUCAUAAGGAUGCACUCAUGCCGAAGGUGCCUGGCAUUCUCAAGCUUUUCUACGACAAUGAUAUUCUAGAGGAGAAGGCGUUGUUCGAGUGGGCAAGUAAAGUGAGCAAAAAGUACGUAUCAAAGGACAUUUCCCAGGAGAUUCAUGACAGAGCAGCGCCAUUCAUCACCUGGCUCAAAGAGGCAGAGGAGGAAGAGUCAGAGUCCGAGGAGGAAGACGACGAUCUGGAGAUUGAAUACGAUGACAGAGCUAAACAACCGUUGAAACAACAGACUCAAAAGCAGCCCCAGACCCCGAAAAAACCGGUUGAGGAUGACUCCGACGAGGGCGAUGACUUUGACAUUGACGCCAUUUAAACAACAAAAAAAAACAAGGCUUACUCGAAUCAUUAUGUCGAUCAGGCUGUUUAUCUCGCUCUCAACCCAGGACAUGCGAUAAUUAAAUAAUGAGAAAUUACCCAAUUCGAAGAUAUAUCUAAAAUUACAAUUACACAAAUUUCCUUCUUUCCGACCAUUAAAAACCUGCCAAGACCAUCUUUUUAGCCAUAAUCAACGGUUACACGCCUUAUUUUUUAUGAUAAAUGUUUUAAUUGUUUCAUUUAUGAUUUCUCUUGAAUAAUUACCUAAUUAUACAUUGGAGUUUCAAAAGUCCAUGUCUGCCCCGUUCUCGCACAUGCAGCUCCUUUUUCACUCCAUUAUUACCACAAAUUUGUAUUUUUAAAGGAAUUUUAUUAUUGAAAAAUGAUUUUUCGAUAUUCAAUGGAUUCGUUGAUUUGAUAACCGUUUCUCCGAUAUACCAAUGUAAUAUCCUUAUUGUCCUUAUUGUAUGAAUAAAUAUGAUUUCUCGCUAUUA